AUGCAGUGGGUGUACCAUGCGACGCCGGAAGUCAAUGCGAUUUCGCAGUACCCGACUAUCCUCGCAGUAUGCAUUUCGCUAUCCUUUAUCAUGACGCUGGUGGUUUGCCUCCGAGUUUGGGUUCGCUUGGUCCUAAAAAAGAGCUUUGGAGUUGACGAUGCGGUUAUCGUGUCCUCGGCGGUAUGUGGCAUCAUAUACAGUGCGUUAUGCAUUACUCAGUCCCGCCUGGGUCUCGGUCUUCCCUUGAAACUACGGCCCAAAGAGAAUCUAAACACCUAUGCUACGGUUAACUUCGCCGGUCGUCCAUUCUACAUGGCUGGCAUUACUGGAUUCAAAGUAGCCCUCUGCAUCGCCUAUCUACGCAUUAUCCGACAUAGUUCUGAGAAAUCCUACCGCCAUGUCGUCUGGGGUAUCAUGGUAUUCACCGUCGUCUCGCACCUUGCGGGGACGCUCGUCCUCUUCUUCCAAUGUACACCCGUCCACAAGUCAUGGCGACCAAAGACACCAGGGACCUGCUUGCCAAACGACGCAGUUUUCUACUCUCUCGCCGCAGUAUCGAUCUUCUGCGACCUUAUUGUCUUUUUGACCCCAAUCCCGCUGUGGAUGAAAGUACGCAUCAGCCUACCGCGAAAACUAGGGUUGAUGGCUGUUUUCCUGCUUGGGCUGUUCACAACUGCCUGCUCGGUCAUGCGUGUGGUUCAGAUUGAGAUUAUCGCAAAGGACGGGAAUUCUACCAUGCUCAUUCUAUGGGGUACCAUCGAGCUGAACGUUGGCAUCGCCAUCACCUGUUUCCCUACCCUCAUCCCACUCCUGACCUUCGUCCGAUCUAAAACAUCCAAGGGAGGACCCCUCCAGUACCCCCACAGCACCACCGACGGUCGCAGUGCCGGCACUUCUGUCAAACUUCGAUCAGUGGGCAUGCACUCGUCCACUAUGCGAUCUCAGACUAUCCCAACUAGCACAAACAACCGGACAAAGUCAGACAGUUUCAGCUCUCUCGAGGCGAUCCUGCCGGUCGACAGCAAGGGGAAGCCGGUAGGUAGAGACGAUGUGGAGUCUCUCAGGGGGGGAGGCGAGAGAGGCUCCGAAAGCCAUAUCCCAGGCCAGAUCACAAAAACGGUCCAGGUGGAGAUCACUCGAACGGACAACAAUCACGAUCAAGAGCAGAGUUGGCUUCAUUAA